CACAUGCCGACUAGCCGUUAGCUAAGGCAGCAACACAAACAAAGUGGGAAUAAACGCCGCUGAAGAUGGUCCAGUUGAGUAGAAUCUGCUUCCGCAAAUAUGGAAACUUUGUGGAUAACCUCCGUCUGUAUGUCCGUGGAGGCAGCGGGGGCAUGGGUCUACCCCGUCUUGGGGGACAGGGAGGGAACGGGGGAGAUGUUUGGGUGGUGGCUACCAAGAACAUGACCUUAAAGAGGAUCAAGGACAAGUACCCCCACAAACGAUUUGUAGGUGGAGCGGGAGCCAACAGCAGGGUCCGAGCACUGAAAGGAGAGAGGGGGAAGGACAAGGAGAUCUUGGCUCCUGUUGGUAUCACAGUCACCACUGAUGAUGGCAAAAUAGUUGGUGACCUGAACACUGAGGGUGAUCGUCUGAUGGUGGUGAAAGGAGGAAAAGGAGGCUCCUUCCACUCUUUUUUUGAGCCCAGUAAGGGCCCGACCAAACACAUAAGGCUGGACCUCAAACUUAUUGCUGACCUGGGCCUUGUUGGGUUCCCAAAUGCAGGAAAGUCCUCUCUUCUGACUGCCAUGUCUAAUGCCACGCCUCAGAUUGCCAGCUACGCAUUCACAACUUUGAAGCCGGAGAUCGGCAAACUGAUGUAUGAAGAUUACAAACAGAUUUCUGUUGCUGAUCUCCCAGGCCUGAUUGAGGGAGCUCACAUAAACAAAGGCAUGGGUCACAAGUUCCUUAAACAUGUUGAGAGGACCAAGCAACUUCUGUUUGUGGUAGAUGUUUGCGGUUUCCAGCUGGCAAGUAAAACACAUUUUAGGUCGGCCUUUGAAGCUGUUCAACUUCUCACCAAGGAAUUGGAGUUGUACAAAGAGGAGCUAGUGUCGAAGCCGGCUUUACUGGUGGUGAACAAAAUGGACCUGCCUGACGCUGAGGACAAACUAGAGGAGCUGAAGGAGCAACUACAAAACCCAGAUGAGUUCUCUCAUCUGUUGCCUGAUGACAUGAUGCCGAAGAGCUGCAUAACCUUCAGACACAUAGUUCCUGUCUCUGCCGCCACUGGGUUUGGUGUCGACCGUUUAAAAAGUUGCAUCCGGAAAUCGCUUGAUGAAGAUGCAGUUAUGGAAACUAAAGCCAUCCAUCAAGACAGACUGCAAGCUCUGAGGUCUCACUCACAUUAGCAUUUGUGACGUACACGGACAACAUGUAACGCAUUUCUUCGGGACCUACAGCGUACGAUAAUGGAUGACACGUGUGACAACAGAAACUGUGCAGCAAACUGUCCAUAGAAGUUAUGGAUGAUGACUUUGUCACUGACUGUCUCAGGCACAACCUUCAAUGGUAUGAGGCUAAACAAGUUCAGCACGAGUUGAUCGUUGCUUCCAAUGGUCCUUUGUUUCGCCGGAUGGUGUUUCAAAAAUUGAAUCCACAGUUAACAGGUUCCAUUUUUAUUCAGAAAUGAUACAUUGCAACAGAUUUAUAUGCUUACAUAUGAAAGGGUGUUGGUCAAGCAAACACAAAAGCAGCCCUCCCCCUGUAGUGCCAAAUACAUUAAAUCAUACAGAAUUUACUGAACACCUUGAAGCUGGUAUUUAUUUUUAUUGAUAUGUUUAGCAGAGAUGCACCGAUCCAACCUUUUCUUCCCUGUUGCAAAGUCUGAUACCUGAAAUCCAAUACAGAGUACCAAUCUCUAUAGUGCUCUCUUUUUCCCAUUUCAUUUCUUUUCAUUUUCAAUUGUAUGUAAGGUAGCAUGAUGCCGAAGAUUACUGUGAUUACUGAGUCUGCCAUGACUGAAUUAAUGUUACUGAUAGUGGAAAUCCUGAAAUUUAUAAUGACAUUGACAAAAAAGACUUGUAAAACAGUUUCUGUGGAUUGGUCACAUCAGGCUCAUACUUGUUCCACUAAACAAGGUCAGAAUUGGAUGGGUCAGUUUAUCACAAGUGUGUUGCUCAUGUUUCAAAAUACAAAACAAUCUAUAAUGUCAGUUUUUCAUUAAACCUGUUUCUUUUCCUCUAUAAGUUAAAGUGAAAUCUGAGGUUAUUAGAAAUGUCAGCAGAUGGGUUGAUGAAAGUUGUAUUUUAUAUUUAAAUAAAUAACAAUACUGAAUGAUUAAGAAGAAAAGAUAUGGGGACUGGGUUUUGCAUCAUACGUAUGUAAGGCAUACAGGCAACAAAAGAAGAUAAAGAAAUUAAAAGCAGUUUU